AGGAGGCUUUUUACACGUAAAUUGUUCUAAAUGUUUGGGAUUCAGGAAACUAUACCGCGGGGUGGGACAACGAUGAAGGAGGAACCGCUGGGUGGACUGAAUCCAGUCCGCUCAUGGAUGCACACAGCUGGGGUGGUGGAUGCGAACACAGCCGCCCAAAGCGGUGUUGGCUUGGCACGGGCACAUUAUGAAAAGCAGCCGCCUUCCAACCUCAGAAAAUCAAAUUUUUUCCAUUUCGUCUUGGCGCUGUAUGACAGACAGGGUCAACCAGUGGAGAUCGAACGGACAGCCUUUGUGGACUUUGUGGAGAAAGAUAAAGAACCUAACAGUGAAAAAACUAACAAUGGGAUACAUUAUAAACUACAAUUAUUGUACAGCAAUGGCGUCAGAACAGAACAGGAUCUUUACAUACGGUUAAUCGAUUCCAUGACGAAGCAGGCCAUUAUUUAUGAGGGUCAAGACAAGAAUCCCGAAAUGUGCAGAGUUCUUCUCACGCAUGAAAUCAUGUGCAGCCGGUGUUGUGACAAGAAGAGCUGCGGGAACAGGAACGAGACUCCUUCAGACCCUGUGAUCAUCGACAGAUUCUUCCUAAAGUUUUUCCUCAAGUGCAAUCAGAACUGUCUGAAGAAUGCAGGGAAUCCCAGAGACAUGCGCAGAUUCCAGGUUGUCGUAUCAACAACCGUCAAUGUGGACGGCCAUGUCUUGGCUGUUUCAGACAACAUGUUCGUCCACAACAACUCCAAGCACGGGCGAAGGGCUCGCAGACUCGACCCUUCAGAAGGUACGCCUCCUUAUCUGGAGAAUGCCACCCCGUGCAUCAAGGCCAUCAGCCCCAGCGAGGGCUGGACCACCGGGGGAGCCACCGUCAUCAUCAUAGGGGACAACUUCUUCGACGGCCUGCAAGUCGUGUUCGGGACCAUGCUCGUAUGGAGCGAGCUGAUCACCCCCCACGCCAUCCGUGUCCAGACCCCCCCCAGGCACAUCCCUGGAGUGGUGGAAGUCACGCUGUCCUACAAGUCCAAGCAGUUCUGCAAAGGUGCCCCCGGGAGGUUCGUCUACACCGCCCUGAAUGAGCCGACCAUCGACUAUGGCUUCCAGAGGCUGCAGAAGGUCAUCCCCAGGCACCCCGGUGACCCUGAAAGGUUACCAAAGGAGGUCUUACUGAAAAGAGCUGCUGACCUGGUUGAAGCUCUAUAUGGGAUGCCACAUAAUAACCAGGAGAUUAUCCUGAAGCGGGCAGCUGACAUUGCUGAGGCCCUGUACAGCGUACCCCGCAACCACAACCAGAUCCCCUCACUCGCCAACACCGCCUCCCAUGGAAUGAUGGGAGUUAACUCCUUUGGCAGCCAGCUAGCCGUCAACGUGUCCGAGUCACAGGGGAACGACCAAGGUUGGUGGACCACAACCACUGCAUCUACUUUACCCCCUCAUUCAGAUAAAGCAGUGGGGUACAGCCGGAACACCAGCAGUGUGUCCCCUCGUGGGUACAUCUCCAGCAGCACCCCCCAGCAGUCGAGCUACAACACCGUCAGCAACAGUAUGAACGGCUACGGAAAUGCUGGCAUGAACCUGGGAGUGCCCAGCUCUCCCGGCUUCCUCAACGGAUCCUCUGCCAACUCCCCAUAUGGAAUUAAACAAAAGAGCGCCUUUGCCCCUGUGGUCCGACCCCAGGCCUCCCCACCCCCCUCCUGCACCAGCGCCAACGGCAACGGACUGCAAGGUGAGCCCCCCUCACCCCCCCAUCCCUUCCCUACGGACUACUGGUCAGAUACCGCUGCUCAGGCCUCAGUCCGGUUCGCUAUGUCCGGCCUGGUUGUUCCUCCGAUGUAAAUGCACUUUCCCCUUCUCAAACACCAGUCUACCCCCCCACCCCCCACCCCCCCAAAAAAACACACACACACACACAUACACACACAGACACAGGACGCCCCUUUAGCACACAAAGAAAAUGCUGGUGUAGUCUAUAGUCAACAGCGUAUUCUGUUUGUAAUGAAGAUGGGGGGG